GCCGGUCGCAGAGAUCCUGGCGGCGUCCAGCACCGGCCGCAGGUGUCUCCGCCCGGGACAGCGGAGGGAAAGGAGGGCGCCGGGCGCGGGAGGGGAGGGGCCUCAGGCUUUAAGUCUUGGCGCCCGGAGGCGGGUCUCCAGGGCCCAGAGCUCCAGGCCAUGGAGGGUGCGGUCCGCGCGGCACUCGUUCUCGGCGUCCUCGCUCAGUUCCUGCCCAACUUUCUUCUGGCGUCGCGGGCAGGCACUCACUCUCUCUGCUAUGACUUCACCAUCAAUCCUAAGGCAGCAACUGGACAGCAAUGGUGUACAGUCCAAGCCCAGGUGGACCAGAAGAAUUUUCUCUCCUAUGACUGUGGCCUGGACAAGGUCAAAUCCUUGAGUGCCCUGGGAGAGAAAGUGAGCGCCACAAUCACCUGGGAAGAGCAAAACACCAUGCUGAGAGAAAUGGGGGAUAUGCUAAAACAGAAACUGGCUGACAUUAAAGCAGAAAAUGACAUGGCCAGGGGUCUGCACACCCUGGAGGGCAGGAUGUGUUGUCAGCAUAAAUCCAACAGCUCCUGGCAGUUUGGCUUCAAUGGACGGAUGUGGCUCCACUUUGACUCAGACAACAGAAGGUGGAGAGAGAUGCAUUCUGGGUCCAACUGGAUGAAAGAAAUGUGGGAAAAUGACAAGGAGGUGACAGAAUUCUUACACAGGUCCUCAAUAGGUGACUGUAGAACCUGGCUUCAGAAGUUCUUGGUGCAAUGGAAGCCAGAGCUGGAGCCAACAGGACCUUCAAGUGCCAUCAUAGACAGAGUCUUCCAGGAGUCCGCAGCCAGCACACUUGUUCCCUUGGCCCUGCUCUGGAUCCUCACCUGCUUCAUACACCUAGGCCUCCAGAUCUUCCUGACAGGUUAAAGAUGCUCCCAAGAAGCUUCUGGAAAUGUGAUUCAGUGAAAUGACAGUCCUUACUGAUCUUCUGCCAAUCUACUUCCUGCUCUUCCUCCUUAGAGCAAACAAAGAGUGAACUGCCAAUCCAGAGGCCUCCAGCAUGUCAGUCAGACUUAGUCACUCAGCCUAGAGCUCCUCUGCUUUUUCAGAUCUAGUGAGGAUUUAAAAGGUGUAUCUGUAUGUCACUUGUAGGUACACCAUGAGCCCAUACCCUACUUCUACAAGAGGUGGACUGUUCUAAUUGCUGCUUUCACUCUCCCAUCCAUCAUAGCAGCCACCGGCAUCUUUCCUUUGCCACCCAUUCGCCCCUACCACCCCAAGAUCUGAUGACCCCCAUGAAGAUCCAUUAACUUCAAUUUCAACUUUGA